CUUCAUGUUCAUGAAAGUGCGUCCAAUCGUUCACGUACACCAGUUCGAGUCUUCUUCGGUCGAGGUCAUGUCAGUCCUACAAAUUCACCACUCACGCAGAAAGAAACAGCAACGAUGGAAGACGUUGAGCGGCGUUCCAAAGCACUCGAGCAGUAUCGCAAGAAGCUCCAAGAGCACCGCGAGUUUGAGAGCAAAGUCCGGCAAAGUCGCGAAAAGCUCGCAGCGCUGAAUCAGACGUUCAAGAAGGCCGAGGACGACUUUAAGGCGUUGCAGAGCGUCGGCCAAGUGGUUGGCGAGGUCCUCCGGCAGCUCGACGACGACCGCUUCAUCGUCAAAGCCUCAAGCGGACCCCGUUAUGUUGUUGGGUGUCGCCGACAACUCAACAAGGAGCUCUUGAAGCCCUCGACCCGUGUCGCGCUCGACAUGACCACUCUCACAAUCAUGCGUGCGCUGCCGCGCGAGGUCGAUCCGCUCGUCUUCAACAUGUCCUCCGAGGACCCCGGCAACGUGUCGUACGGCGAGGUUGGCGGUCUCGGCGAGCAGUUGCGCGAGCUGCGCGAGGUGAUCGAGCUGCCCCUCCUCAACCCCGAGCUCUUCCUUCGUGUCGGCAUCAAGCCACCAAAGGGCGUCCUGCUGUACGGCCCUCCCGGCACGGGAAAGACACUGCUGGCCCGUGCGGUCGCCAGCAACAUUGAGGCGAGCUUCCUGAAGGUCGUUUCCAGCUCGAUUGUCGACAAAUACAUUGGCGAGAGUGCGCGCCUCAUCCGUGAAAUGUUUGGCUACGCUCGCGACCACCAACCAUGCAUUAUUUUCAUGGACGAAAUCGACGCCAUCGGUGGCCGACGCUUCUCUGAGGGUACCUCUGCCGAUCGAGAAAUUCAACGCACGCUCAUGGAGCUUCUCAACCAAAUGGACGGUUUUGAUGUGCUUGGCAAAGUUAAGAUGAUUAUGGCCACCAACCGACCCGACACGCUUGAUCCUGCACUUUUGCGUCCCGGCCGAUUGGAUCGCAAGAUUGAAAUCCCACUGCCGAACGAGCAAGCGCGCAUGGACAUUUUGAAGAUUCACUCUGCAGCCAUCACCAAGCACGGAGAAAUUGACUGGGAUGCUGUGAUCAAGCUCAGUGACGGAUUUAACGGCGCCGAUUUGCGAAAUGUGUGCACGGAAGCUGGCAUGUUUGCCAUCCGAGCAGAGCGAGAGUACAUUGUGAGCGAAGACAUGAUCAAGGGUGUACGCAAAGUGGCUGAGGCCAAGAAGCUUGAGACGAAGCUCGAGUACGCCAAGAUCUGAACAACCUUGAGCAACCAACUUUGCGAAAUCGUUCUUGUUGUGUGGUUUCUUCUUUUAUCGUUUUUGCUGUUCGAGAAGUGGUGUUGCGUUGCAUCAUGUUGCUUUUUUUCCAAAUCCAAAACGUUGAUACAGUUAGA